UUCCAGCAAGUUUGGUUGCCCGAUUUAUUGUGCGAGCGGUUAUUUCUCUGCUUUACAGGCUAGGUUGAACUUUAUUGUCAUUGCACAUGUACAUGUACAGGUACAGAGCAGCGAAAUGCACUUUAGCGUCUAAACCCAGAAGAGCAAUAAGCAGCAUGAAUGGUUUGGUACAUGAGCGGUGUGGUGCAGUUUUUAGACAAUAUUUACACAUGGAAAAACCUAUGUACAUGUGACACCACAUACACAGGGUGAAUUGUUUGCCAGCAAACCCUUUGCUACAGGCGAAGAUCUGACCUCUGCCUUGUGCAAUCAGAGACAUGAGUGUUGUCAGAGAUAUACACGGGAUCGGGUACAGGGGCGGCGGCGGCGGCGGCGGGGUUGUGGCCCCUCUGGGCGGCCAUGCCCACUUCACCGAAGACGCGCCGCGACCCCCGGUUCCCGGCGAGGAGGGAUCUGAUGUGGACCCCCAGGUCCAGUCGGUCAGCAUCCGUCCGAACGCCCUCUCCCAAACCCUAGGCUAUGCCUCGUCAUCCCUGUCGUCUAAAAUGGGGGACCCGUCGAGCUACACUCCCUCCUCGUCGUCCGCGACGCCGCGCCGCCCCGACCUGGACUUGGGCUACGAGCCCGAGGGCUCCGCUUCGCCGACUCCACCUUACCUGAAGUGGGCCGAGUCGCUCCACUCCCUCCUGGACGACCAGGAAGGCAUCCAGCUGUUCAGAAAAUUCCUGUGCCAGGAAGGAUGUGCGGACCUCCUCGACUUCUGGUUCGCCUGUUCGGGUUUCAGGCAGACCAGCCAGGAGAAGAGGGGGAAGCUGGCCAAGGCCAUCUACAGGAAGUACAUCGUGGACGGAAGCGGGAUCGUCUCCAGGCAGAUCAAGGCGGCCACCAAGAGCUUCAUCAGAGACUGUGUCGGAAAGCCGCACCCGGACCCCGCCAUGUUUGAACAGGCUCAGACGGAGAUCCAGGCCAUGAUGGAGGAGAACACCUACCCUUUGUUCCUCAAGUCGGAUCUGUACUUGGAGUACACGCGGACGGGAGGGGAGAGCCCCAAACCUAACCCCAGCGAUCAGAGCCCCACGUCGGGGCCGGCCAAGCCUGUGCCCGGGUACUUGCCUACACUCGCCGAGGACGAGGAGUGGAGAUGUGGUGGUGGAGGAGGCGGAGGAGGAGGAGGAGCGAGGGAAGUGGAGGAAGAGAAAGAUGAGGAUGAGUGUGGAGCCACGCCAGCUGGUCGGCUGACUCACAGCCUGCUGAUGCAGACGGCGCCGCAGAGAGCCACAGUGAACAGGAGGAGGCCGGACAGCAGAGAGUACAGGCCGUGGAGGGAGCCCGUAAACCCGUACUACGCAAACAUGGGCUACGCUCGCGCUCCAGCCACCAGCGCCAACGACAGCGAGCAGCAGAGCAUGUCGAGUGACGCAGACACACUGUCGCUGACCGACAGCAGCGUAGAUGGUAUCCCUCCAUACAGAUACCGGAAGAUCCACCGUAAAGAGAUGCAUGAAAGUGCCAAAGCCAAUGGACGUGUGCCCCUACCUCAUAUACCUCGCACGUAUCGCAUGCCAAAGGACAUCCACGUAGAGCCUGAGAGGUUUGCAGCGGAGCUCAUCAGCAGGCUGGAGACGGUUCUCAGAGAGCGAGAGGCUCAGGAACGUCUCGAAGAAAGGCUGAAGAGAGUACGACUGGAAGAAGAGGGGGACGAUGCCGACAUCUCCGUGACAACCUCCUUGUCUUCUCACAGCAUACCACUCCCCCUCCCCUCAUCGUUCCCCCCCCUCUACGGUGCCCGUUAUUCAGAGACCACUGCUAACACGGCAACGGCCGUCACUUACGGCGGCCUGGUUGCCAUGGAGGACUCCCAGGACGACGACCCGGAAUCCAUUUUGGACGAGCACGUCCAGCGGGUGAUGAAGACGCCAGGCUGCCAGUCGCCAGGGGCAACCAACAGCACCUUAGGGGGAGGGGGUCGACACACCCCUCCCAAAUCAUCGCGGUCACCCGACGGGGGGAUCGGGCCGCCUCACUACUCGCACAGAGGAGGGGGAGGUCACAGUCUGCCGGCCGCGGUGGUCAAAGGUCUGCAUCAUCACAAGCAGCUGUACCACCACCGAGCGAGAGAAGGGCAGGAUGAAGCAGGCUCCAGGUCUCAGCCCAACUUCUUGUGGAACGGAGACCCCUCCAGCCAGUACACGGGGAGGAGCCGCAACUACGCCGACGGAGCCGGAGCCAGUACACUCGAGGGGAUGGGCAGCAGCAGUAAAGGCAGCACGCUGUCGAGGCGAGGUUGUAAGAAAGCGUCGGAGACGUCGGGCAAAGGGGAAGAGAGCGGGCGAGGCAUGGAGACCCAGGUACCACCGGAGGAUCUGGAGAGGAACCAGAAGAUCCUGCAAUGGAUGAUGGAAGGAGACAGACAAAGGAAGAGCAGCCAUGGUGGCAGCACCAGCAGCUCCAGGAGGACGGGAACCAGCACCGAGUCACCGCGCCCAACUUCAGUGGAGCGACCCGGAGCCGUGCACCCCUGGGUCUCGGCCCAGCUGCGGAACAACCCCUCCUCGGUGUCCGCCGCCGUCCCCGGCUCGUCCUCCACCCAGGUCCAGCCCUCGCACCCUUUCAUCCAGGACCCGGCUAUGCCCCCCAACCCGGCGCCCAACCCCCUCACCCAGCUGGAGGAGGCUAGGAGGAGGCUGGAGGAGGAGAGGAGGAGGGCCGCGCAACAGCAGGCCAAGCAGAGGCAUAAAUCUGGGAAGCGGCAGGUGUGUGAGAACAUGACCGUUGCUUACUACUUCUGUGGAGAACCAAUCCCAUACCGGACAUCAGUCAAGGGCCGCGUCGUGACUUUGGGCCAGUUCAAGGAGCUGCUUACCAAAAAGGGCCACUACAGGUUCUACUUUAAGAAAGUGAGCGACGAGUUCGACUGCGGCGUGGUGUUCGAGGAGGUCCGCGACGAUGACGCCAUCCUGCCCAUCUUCGAGGAGAAGAUCGUCGGGAAGGUGGAGAAGGUCGACUGAAAACCGGGGAACGGGAAAAAAAAAACGAGACGGAAAAGAUCGUCUGGAGAGAGAGAGAAGGGGGGGACGGGAAGAAAACAUUCAGGUUGGGGUGAGAGUUCGCCUGCGAGGACGGGGGGAAGGAAAAAAGGAAAAGGAAAAAAAAAAAAACAAACGACGGGAAGUAGAAAGAAGGAAGGAGCAACGUGUGACAGAAGGGAGAUUGCGCUGCAUAGAAGAAGAUGGAGUAUUAAAAGGAGGUGGUUAUUUUUUAUGGGAUGUCUGUGCCUGGAUUAAACCCACAUGUAAAGCAAAGAAGCUUGGCCAGAUGAUACCGGAGCGGAGGAGGAAAACAAAAUAAAAAAAAAAAAAAAGAACAUAAAUUAUUUCACCUGUCCUGCCUCCACUGUGGAUAUUCAAGGAGAGCUGUAAAAAAAAAAAAAAUAUGAUGUCUGACCAGUCUUCCACUUCUAAUGCUACGGAUGGAAAAGGGUGAGGGGACUGCUGGAAGGAGAGGGGAUCUGAGUAGUCUUCCACUUCUGCUCUGGAGGAGCCUGUCCUCCGCAGACCAUUACAAUGCUGCUACAUUACCACGGAAACUCUUCAAUCGGUGCUCGGGACGGUGCUGAAAGCGGCCGGGGCGUCCAAGCCGCCUUCCACCGUCUCUGUUCCUCAUCAGCUGGUGACGAAAGGAGAGGACAGAAGAUUUUUUUUUUUUGUUUGUUUGUUUGUUUGUUUGUUUUUUUGGGGGGGGGGGGGGUUGGAACUUUUUCGCCUGCUUCUCCUCUCGUCGACUUCAUAGCCUCAAAAACAGAGAAACGUGCUCACCCUCGAUUCCUAGAUGUCACGUAGUGAUCUCUCACGUCAACAUGUUCAGACAACAGUUCUCUGCAUAACUUGUUUACCAAAGCUACAUAUUUUUGAUAAGGCAAGUAUCCUAGCUACUUGUUUUCAUUUUAUUUUUGAAUUGUGUAUGUACAAGGCAGGUACUAUUACUUAUUAUUGCAGCCUAAUUUUUUUUUUUUUUUUUUUUUUUUUUCUUGUCAUAUGCCAACUUAAUGUUGUAUUAUUGUGUAUGUUUUGAAGCUAGUUCAUUAGUCAUUUCAGGGCAGCCAUUUUUGUUUUGUUUUUUUUCUUCCCACUAUACGAUCAUCAUUGCACCUCGAUCCCGUACUGUUUACCUUUAAGUGUGCUGUUCUGUUCUCCUGCAAGAGGGAUUUGAAAUAUAUAUAUAUUUAUAUAUAUAUGAUCAUUUUUUUCCUCCCACAGAAAAAAACAACAAAAAAAAACACAACGUAUGGUAUUUUUUUAACAGGUCACACUGUCCCCUCCUGUGUCUAAGAACUCAGUCUAGGUGCCUGCGGCCAGUGCCAUUACUACCACGAAUGCUUACUCUGAAGUUGUCGAGUGCGGAAGCCGUGUGUCUGUUUGUUGUGCGCCUGAUCUCAGCCAAAGAGCAUAAUUGUGUGUCCCAUACGCCUACCUGUGUGUGUUAAUGUGUGUGUGCGUGUGUGUCUGUGUGCGUGUCCGUGCAGUAACAAACGAAGGGAAUCUCGCGUUCCUCCUGCAGAUUCCCGCGCCUCAAACGCAGCUCGAGUUUUCAAACCUUUUUUUUUUUUUUAAGCCGGUCAUCUUCACUGAACGAUUUUAAAGUUUUACAGAAUAUUCAGAGUUAGACGAUGAAGUCGGUGAAGCUCUCACGUCUGACUGUUUAAAGUUUAAAAGAAUGGAAACAGGGAAAAUGGGCCAGUCUGGCUUUCGUAGUCGAGCAUUUUAAUUAAAUUAUGGAUUGAUUGAUCGAUGGGUUUUUAAUUUUUUUGAUCUUCAUCAUAUGCUAAUCGAUUUGACCGUCGUGGCUUUAAAAUUUUUAUUCCGUCACCGUUCCGUAAAAGCUGUCUGAAAUAUUUUGUUGGGCAAGCGGUCCAGACCUCUUUGGUUUACAAAAAUACAUAUAUAUAUAAUAAAAAAAAAAAAAAAAACUGUCACUGUUUGGAGACUGGAACAGAAACAUAAAGUACUCCAGUAUUUCUGCUUGAAAAAUGAUUGUAAGACUCUAGAUAGAUGAACCUUUAAAGGUAGUCAGGUUUACUGUUCUGUUUAUUUAUUCUAAGCUCACCAGCUGCUGGCGAUGGCUUCACAUUUUACUCUAAUCGUAAAUAAAAAUAAAAAAAACUCCCAAAAUGUCAGACUCGUCGUGUAAACGGCUCCUGUCGGGGCCGUGGUAUCAGAAAGUGCACAGAUGACACACCAGCUGUGUAAGCUGAAUGUAAAUGUCCCCCUCAUUUUUUUUUAUUUUAAAGAAACUUUAUCCUCAAAGGAACUACUUCAUUCAUCACACCCGAGUCUGUCUUCAGUGUUGAUAUCAAGCUGGCGGUGUGUUCGAGUGUUUUAUCUAUGCUGGUAGUUAAUUGAAUGUGUUCCCUGAACAUGGAGGUCUUGCAGGAAUGUCAAAUACGUUUUAUUUUAUUUUUUAUUUCUUUGUUUUGGAUUCACCCAGCAAGGGAAGCAUAGGAUCAGAAAACAUGUUUGUCCUUACUCCAACCCAUUAUGCCUUCAAUAUGAAAUUUAAAAUUUUAGAUAUGUAUUUGUUUAUAUUAAAAAAAAAAUGUAAUUUUAAUAAUCACCGAGCAUGUUCUUUAUAAGGAAUGUUUUCCGGAUGAGUUGAAUUAUCUAUUUUGUUUUUAAUGUGUAUGUGCGAACUGCUACGGCCCUCCGAUGAUAUCUCGUGUCUUGUUUUGUUGGAAAGAAUCGCCCAGGGACAGUUGAAUGACGACAUUUGUUAAGAGUUGUUUCUUGUGAUUAUGAUUUGAUGGACAAAACAAACAACUGCAUCUACGUUGUUGAUUUGUGUGAAACACAGUGCCUUUAUCAUGUUAUCUUUCAAAGUGUCUAUUGAACCAAUCCAUGCUUUUUAAUGGUUUUUACUGAGUCAGUCCCGUUGUAUUUUUCUUUUUUUUCUUUUUUUUUUUUUAAAGCUGCAGUCAUGCUUUUUUUUUUUUUUCUCACUUCUGUUCGGAUCAACCCUCUGCUGUAAAUAUGUACAUUAUCAUUUCAUACGUGUCUUCAGACCUGCACCACAUGUCCAUGGUGUUUCUGUUUUUCAAAGGUAAACGCCAAGAUGUCACUGUGCUGGUUCCACUUGUACAUUUCUUUUAAAAAGGUACUUCAUAAUAAAGAUGUUGAAUAAACA